AUGGGAGGUUCAAGCGUACUGAACUAUAUGAUAUAUACCAGGGGUCACAAAAAAGAUUAUGAUGGAUGGGCUGAAGCAGGAAAUGUUGGCUGGAAUGCAGACGAAGUAUUUAAAUAUUUUCUUAAAUCAGAAAAUGCAAAUAUCACUCUUCGAGAUUAUGGUUUCCAUCAAGAGGGAGGGUACCUUUCAAUAUCAGAAUCACUAUAUAAGAGUAGGUUAGCAAAGUCAUUUGUUCAGUCAGGAUAUGAGCUUGGAUAUCCUGUAAGAGAUUUAAAUGGAAAAAAUCAAAUAGGAUUUAAUUUUCACCAAUUGACUAUGAAAAACGGAUUAAGACAUAGUACCAACGUAGCGUUUCUUCAUCCGAUACGCAAACGAAAAAAUUUAUAUAUAAAAAAAAAAAGUCACGUAACUCGGAUAUUGUUUGAUACAACUGGCCGUAGAGCAAUUGGAGUAGAAUACUACAGGGGAAACAAAAAAUAUAGAGUUUUUGCUCGCAAAGAAGUUAUAAUUUCAGCCGGAGCAAUUAAUUCUCCACAAUUACUCAUGUUGUCAGGGAUCGGACCAAAAGAUCACUUGAUAUCAAAAGGUAUAGAUGUUUUACGCGAUCUACACGUAGGCCGUAAUCUAAUGGAUCAUGUGGCUUUAGGGGGUUUAACAUUUAUUGUAAAUGAUACAAGUUCAAUUAAAACGCAAAGGGUUUUGGAAAAUCCCAAUAACCUGCAUGAUUUCCUAAAAUAUCACUCAGGGCCUAUUUCAAUACCCGGAGGAACCGAAGCACUGGCUUUCUUCGACUUGAAUCGUCCUAAUGAUGUUGAUGGUCAUGCCGAUCUGGAAUUAUUAUUUAUAAAUGGAGCUGUUAGCUCAGAUGAAACGCUUAAAAAAUCAUUUGGCAUUAAUGAUAACGUGUACAACAGUGUUUUCAAAAAUACAGAACAAAAAAAUACAUACAUGAUAUUUCCAAUGAUCAUGAGACCAAAAAGCAAAGGAUGGAUAGAAUUAAAGGACCGUAACCCAUUUCGAUAUCCAGCGAUUUACCCAAAUUAUUUUUCUGACGAAAGAGAUCUAGAUGUAAUAGUGGCAGGUGUAAGAAAAAGUGAACAAUUAUCACAAACGGAUGCUAUGAAACGUAUUGAUGCCAAAUUAUGGAAUGAGCCCAUACCAGGUUGUGAACAUAACCAAUUUGACUCGGACGAUUAUUGGAAGUGUGCAGCUAGACACCUGACAUUUACUAUAUAUCAUUUGGCUGGAACGUGUAAAAUGGGACCAUUAGGAGAUCCUACAGCUGUAGUGGACCCAAGGUUAAGAGUUCAUGGGUUGAAAGGCCUAAGAGUUAUUGAUGCCUCAAUCAUGCCUGUAAUUAUAUCCGCGCAUACUAAUGCACCAACUAUCAUGAUUGCUGAAAAAGGAUCAGAUCUAAUUAAAGAAGAUUGGGGUAUUAUUAUUUAA